AUGCCAAUUUACCACAUCGUGCUCUUCAAACUCAAGCCCGGGGUCACGCCCGCGCAGCUGGACGCCUGGGGUGCCAAGGCUAAAGGCAUGGUCGGGCAGAUCCCAGGUUUGAAGAAAUUGGAAGUGAACACGCCGCUACCGUCCACGGCCAGCAGAGGCCAGGGGUUUAAUAUGGGUUUGGUGGCCAUUUUGGAGAAAGCAGAGGAUGUGAAAGUUUAUGCUGAGCAUCCCGCUCACUUAGAGGUCCAUAAGUUCAGGGAGGAGUUAGCCGACGAUACCCUGGCCUACGAUCUGGAGUAUCGAGAUUGA